AUGAACUCCUUCAUAUACUCAUUCCAUCACUCCGCUGUCCCUCGUCUGAAGUUCGCAGAGACACCUGAAUUUGACUUUGUCGUUGUGGGCGGAGGUCCUGCAGGAUGUGCGCUUGCAACAAGACUCGCAGAAGCUGGCCAUCAUAGCGUGCUUCUUAUCGAGCAAGGCACGACUAUAGAGCAAGAUCCUGAAUUGCGUAUCUCCAGCGAGCUCCCGCUGCAGACCAACUCGCUUCACUUCACCAAUUUUGAUGCCCAGUACCGCAGUUCUGCUGAUGAACCUAUCACUCGACGAGCUAUUGAUAUCAACAGUGGUAAAGUCUUGGGCGGAUCCACUUGUAUAAACUACUGUAUAUGGACCCGUGGACCGAAAGACGAUUACGAUCUGUGGGCAGAGCUGGUCGACAAUCGUGCGUUUUCUUGGGAAGGGAUCUCCUACAUCUUCGAUCGAGUGGAAACAUCUUCGCGGUCGUCAAAUCCUAUAUCUGUCAGGACUAUCUCUCAGUCUCAGCGAUCUAACCCUUGGUCAGAAGUCGCUGCAGCCUCCUACGAGCAGUCCGGGCAUAGGCGUCUGCCCAACAUCAACGGCGGCGAUAUGUUGGGGUACUCGGAGCUUGCAGAGAGUGUGGAUGCAGAGGGCAAUAGGUCGUCAGCGAACGAGUACAUUCGCAAAUUUAAACAACACAUGGUCCAGGAGAAAUCCUCGAAGGGGCGCCUUGAGAUAUGGACGGCGUUGAAGGUGGAGAAGGUUAUCACAGAGUGCGCUCAGGACAAAGAGGGAAGUGUAAUUAAUAGGUGCGUUGGGGUGCAGACCAGUUUUGGCGUUAUUCGGGCACGAAAGGAAGUGAUCCUCACGGCCGGUGCAAUUCAGAGCCCGUACUUGCUACUCUCUUCCGGUAUUGGCCCCUCAGACCAUCUCACCGAGCACGGUCUCGAGGUUAUCCACGAUUCCCCGUCCGUUGGCCAACACUUGUGGGAUCAUCCCGUAAGUCUUGUAGUGUUCCGUUUGAACAAACAGAGUCGAGGAGACACCGCGGAGGACCUUUUCAAUCUUAUGACUAUGGAACGCCAUAUGGAUGACUGGGUCAACGACUCGAAAGGGCUAAUGAGUGGGCUUCCGUACGAAUGGAUUGGUCUUACAAAUGCCCAGUCCCAAAUUGAAGCUACUUUGACGAGACAAAACCACGAGCUGACGCCUAUGGAGGGACGUGUGCUCCUUCGGUCCACAGUCCCUCACUUCGAGAACUUUUUGAUGUACGGCCAUGGUCUGACCUUCGCCCAAGAUCCACGGAAGACAUCGUACAUGUCCGUCGCCACAGUCCUCCUAGCUCCACGAUCAAGAGGCUCCAUUACACUCUCUUCAUCUACCUCGAGGGACGGGAGUCAAGUCUCGGAACCUAAAAUUGUAUUAAACCAGUUGAAGGAACAAGUUGAUCAAGAUGUCAUGGUGGCUGCUGUCGAGAAGGCAUAUGAUAUUUUUAGUACGGAUGCAUGGGCAGAAUAUCUUGAGCCUCAGAGUAAGCCGACGCGCGAAGAGACGAUGAACCUCUUGAAACAAACAAUGCGUACUCUGUGGCACUUAGGAGGAACGUGUUCAAUGACCACCAAGUAUGCUCAAGGUGUCGUCGAUAAUGAACUACGAGUUCAGGGGAUAGAAGGACUGCGAGUGGCAGAUACGAGCGUCAUACCAUUCCCCCUGGCCUGCCAUACGCAGGCGGUAGCGUAUGCUCUGGGCGAACUGGGCGCUCAAUUCAUUCUUCAAGACCAUUCUGUCAUUCAAGCGAGGCUUUGA